CAGAUGCUUCGAGAACUCCAGGAGACUAAUGCGGCGCUGCAAGACGUGAGAGAGCUCUUGCGACAGCAGGUCAAGGAGAUCACCUUCCUGAAGAAUACGGUGAUGGAAUGUGACGCUUGCGGAAUGCAGCCCGCACGCACCCCCGGUCUGAGCGUGCGGCCAGUGCCGCUCUGCGCACCCGGCUCCUGCUUCCCCGGCGUAGUCUGCACGGAGACAGCUACCGGCGCGCGCUGCGGCCCCUGCCCUCCGGGCUACACCGGCAACGGCUCGCACUGCACCGACGUUAAUGAGUGCAACGCUCACCCCUGUUUCCCGCGCGUGCGGUGCAUCAAUACCAGCCCUGGCUUUCACUGCGAAGCCUGUCCCCCUGGGUUCAGCGGGCCCACCCACGAGGGUGUGGGGCUGACCUUCGCCAAGACCAACAAACAAGUUUGCACAGAUAUUAAUGAGUGUGAGACCGGGCAGCACAAUUGGUUCCCAACCGUGUGCGUCAACACCCGGGGCUCCUUCCAGUGCGGUCCCUGCCAGCCCGGUUUCGUGGGCGACCAGACGUCAGGCUGCCAGCGGCGUGGGCAACACUUCUGCCCCGACGGGUCACCCAGCCCGUGCCAUGAGAAAGCAGACUGUAUUUUGGAGCGCGACGGCUCAAGGUCCUGCGUGUGUGCGGUCGGCUGGGCCGGCAACGGGCUCCUGUGCGGACGCGACACCGACCUGGACGGUUUCCCGGACGAGAAGCUUCGCUGCUCAGAGCGCCAGUGCCGCAAGGACAACUGCGUGACGGUGCCCAAUUCAGGGCAGGAGGAUGUGGACCGGGACGGCAUUGGAGAUGCUUGUGACCCGGAUGCGGACGGGGAUGGAGUCCCUAAUGAGCAAGACAAUUGCCCGCUGGUUCGAAACCCAGACCAGCGCAACUCGGAUAAAGACAAGUGGGGAGAUGCCUGCGACAACUGCCGGUCCCAGAAGAAUGAUGACCAGAAAGAUACAGACCGGGAUGGCCAGGGCGAUGCCUGCGACGAUGACAUAGAUGGCGACCGAAUCCGAAAUGUAGCUGACAACUGUCCCCGGGUGCCCAACUUUGACCAGAGUGACAGCGAUGGUGAUGGUGUUGGGGAUGCCUGUGACAAUUGUCCCCAGAAAGACAACCCGGACCAGAGGGACGUGGACCACGACUUUGUGGGUGAUGCCUGUGACAGUGACCAAGACCAGGAUGGGGAUGGACACCAAGACUCCCGGGACAACUGCCCCACAGUGCCCAACAGCGCCCAGCAGGACUCAGACCAUGAUGGCAAGGGUGAUGCCUGUGAUGACGACGACGACAAUGACGGAGUCCCUGACAGCCGGGACAAUUGCCGCUUGGUGCCCAACCCGGGCCAAGAGGACAAUGACCGGGAUGGCGUGGGUGACGCUUGUCAGGGUGACUUCGAUGCUGACAAGGUUAUAGACAAGAUCGAUGUGUGCCCCGAGAACGCCGAGGUCACUCUCACCGACUUCAGGGCCUUCCAAACAGUUGUGCUGGACCCCGAGGGUGAUGCGCAGAUCGACCCCAACUGGGUGGUGCUCAAUCAGGGAAUGGAGAUCGUUCAGACCAUGAACAGUGACCCUGGCCUGGCUGUGGGUUACACGGCAUUCAACGGUGUAGAUUUUGAGGGAACGUUCCAUGUAAACACCGCCACCGAUGAUGACUACGCUGGCUUCAUCUUCGGCUAUCAAGACAGCUCAAGUUUCUAUGUGGUCAUGUGGAAACAGAUGGAGCAGACGUACUGGCAGGCCAAUCCUUUCCGGGCGGUGGCUGAACCAGGGAUUCAGCUCAAGGCUGUCAAGUCCUCUACAGGUCCCGGGGAACAGCUCCGAAAUGCGUUGUGGCACACGGGGGACACAGCAUCUCAGGUGCGGCUGCUGUGGAAGGAUCCUCGAAAUGUGGGCUGGAAGGAUAAGACAUCCUACCGCUGGUUCCUGCAGCACCGGCCUCAAGUCGGCUACAUCAGGGUGCGGUUCUAUGAGGGUCCUGAGCUAGUAGCUGACAGCAACGUGGUGCUGGACACAGCCAUGCGUGGUGGCCGCCUGGGUGUCUUCUGCUUUUCCCAAGAGAAUAUCAUCUGGGCUAACCUGCGCUACCGUUGCAAUGAUACAAUCCCUGAGGACUAUGAGCGUCACCGGCUGCGGAGGGCCUAGGGACCCUAAGAGGGGCCCCGCUGACUGAUGGACUGCGGUAGCAUUGGCUACAGGUGUCUGGGGGUCUGACAUCCUUCUGAAGGGAUGUCUGGCCUGGGGAGGAAAGGCAAAUAAAUAAUGUAUGUGGGGGA